AAGCCGGGCUACUUAAAUGACACCAUCACUAUCAAAGAUUGUGGUGGACAAUAAGUACCCCCAUCAUCAACUAGAGAUCUCGGUUUUGAAAUGGAUUCGCCUUCAGCUCCAGAACUGGCCUACUUAAAUGACACUAUCACUAUCAAAUAUCGUGGUGGAGAGUAAGUACAUCAUCAGCUAGAGGUCUCGGGUUUGAAAUGGAUUUGCCUUCGGCCCCAAAGCGAGUACUCGGGUUUGAAAUGGAUUCGCCUUCGGCCCCAAAGCGAGUACCGGAAACAAAAAGAAGAUACUCAAACUAGAUAGCUAUUUUCUCACUUUGAGGCUCAAUUCAAUAUCCUCCUCAACCUUUUGCAAUCAGCAUAUCACAUUGAUUUUUCACUUCAAAAAAAAUGUCAAUUGCAGAAUUUCCAAAAUCAUCAGAUCUCAUUGAUUUUCUAGUAAACAAAGGAAAUGGUGUAAAGGGUCUUUCCCAAAUUGGCCUAAAAAUUGUUCCUCAAAAAUUCAUUCAACCCCACCAAGAAAGACUAGAUAUUUCCCAAAUAGUGUCCUCAGAAUCCAUACCCAUUAUUGAUUUCUCAAAUUUCAAUGACCCAAAAGUUGCAAAAUCAAUUUGUGAUGCAGCUGAGAAAUGGGGUUUCUUUCAAAUUGUUAAUCAUGGAAUCCCAGUUGAAGUUCUUGAAAAUGUAAUUGAAGCUGGGCACAAGUUUUUUGAGUUGCCUGUUGAAGAAAGAAGGAAGUAUUUGAAGGAAAAUUCACCAACUCAUACUGUGCAACUGAAGACCAGUUUUAGUCCUUUUGCUGAGAAGGUUUUGGAGUGGAAAGAUUACCUUUUUCAUAUAUAUGAUUCUGAUGAUGAGAGCAGUGAUUUUUGGCCUGCUGUUUCCAAAGAUCAGGUUUUGGAGUACAUGAAGUGGGCUAAACCUGUUAUAGUAAAGCUUCUUGAGGUGCUACUCCGGAGACUAAACGUGAAUCGUCUUGAUGAACCGACGAAGUCUGUUGUAAUGGGCACGCUGAUCGUUAACCUCAUUCACUACCCGGUCUGCCCGAGUCCUGAGCUCACUGCUGGUGCUGGCCGUCAUGCUGAUGUUUCUUCAAUCACUAUGCUCCUACAGGAUGAUGUUGGUGGCCUUUACGUGCGAGAACCUAAAGGUGAUGGCUGGAUUCACGUGCCACCAGUCAAAGGGGCUCUGGUGAUCAAUAUCAGAGAUGUCCUUCAGAUCAUGAGCAACGAUAGGUACAAGAGCGUUGAGCAUCGGGUGAUUGUGAAUGACAGUAGAAACAGAGUGUCAGUACCAAUAUUUGUGAAUCCAGCACCUGACGCAGUUUUUGGUCCUUUGACACAAGUACUAGAAGAUGGAGAGAAGCCAUUGUAUAAGCAAGUUAUUUAUUCAGAUUAUUUCAAUUAUUUCUUCAGUAAAGGACAUGAGGGCAAGCAAGCAAUUGAAUUUGCAAAGCUAUGAAAAAUCUGCUGAUUCUAAACUCUUUUCAUCUAUGUAUAUGGGAAGUGGAGUCAAUCUACAUAGUAGAUGGCUUCGUUUACUUUGUUGGCCUGGUUGUACACCAUUUAAACUAUUCUAUGGCUUCGUUUACUUGUUA